UAAUAAUAAAGUCUAAAUAUCUUUAUCCAGUUAUAAAUACGUAUAGGAAAAUACUGAUCAUUCUUCUCUCUCUCUCUCCUCUCCCUGUGUAUAUCUGUUUGGAAGAGAUAAACAAAAAGUUAGGCGGAAGUACUGGAGGAAACAAGAGAGAGAAACCAAUUCUGGGAUGGGCAUAAGAGCAAAACAAGAGAGAUGACAUGGUGCAGUGAUUCCCAAGACCCAAUUAGUUCCGUCCAAUUAUUAAAUUCCAAAGAAAAUCCCAUCAUAACAUGCCCAUCCUGUGGCCACAAUAUCCAGCUACAAGAUCAUGAGGGGGGAAUUCAAGAUUUGCCGGGGCUUCCGGCGGGUGUGAAGUUCGAUCCAUCUGACCUAGAAAUUCUUGAACAUUUGGAGGCGAAGGUUUGUUUUGAUCCCCGUAAGAUUCAUCCACUAAUAGAUGAAUUUAUUCCAACACUUGAGGGGGAAAAUGGAAUUUGCUACACACAUCCAGAAAAGCUACCAGGUGUAAGCAAAGACGGCCUAAUCCGCCACUUCUUUCACCGGCCAUCGAAAGCGUACACCACCGGGACAAGAAAACGAAGAAAGGUGCACACCGAUACAGAUGACGGGGGCGAGACAAGGUGGCACAAAACCGGCAAAACCAGGCCGGUUUUCAUCGGUGGGGUGGUGAAAGGUUUCAAAAAGAUACUAGUGCUCUACACAAACUACGGGAGGCAAAAGAAGCCCGAAAAAACAAACUGGGUAAUGCACCAGUACCAUCUUGGAAAUAAUGAGGAGGAAAAGGAAGGAGAGUUGGUGGUUUCAAAGGUGUUCUACCAAACGCAGCCUAGACAAUGUGGUUUAAAAGAAUCAGUUGUCAGCCAAACAGAGCCUUGCUCUUUGAUUAACAAGAACACAACAGGGUUUGUGGAGUUCUAUAACUCUCCGUUGGUUUGUUAUGAGAUUGGAGGGCAAGAUAGGGAAAUCCAAACUCAACUAAUCCCUAAUAUGGCUAUGCAAGGUGAUGGGUCUUCAUUUAUUCACUUGGCCACCAGUGGAAGCAAAGGAAAAGUACUUGAGAGGAAAUAGAGUAUAUAUAAGUUGUGGGUAAUUUAGUACUAGGGGAAAAGUUAAAUGACAAUUAUUAAGGACUCGUUUGUUUGGUUGAAACAUGAGGCUCAGAAUUAGGUGGGAUUGAGGAAUUUUCUUUUAGUGAGGGAGAAAGGGAAUAAGAUGGGGGCCGGUGGUUUCAAGAACUGGAAAGCCAUUUUGUUUGGGCAUGUGAAAUAAAUUGGUAUUGAUUAACACUGUUCAUGAUGUAGUUUUAUGCAGUAGUUGAUAGGGAUUUAUACAAAGGAAACUAAUAUGCAUGUGAAGGUUGGAUGGAGUAAGUUGAUUGUAAAAGUGUAGAAGCAUAAUUGUUGCAAGUUUAAUGGAUAUAGUUUCAUCCUUGUGUACAUCUUAACUGUGUAAUUCUUGCCAAGUUGUAACUGAAUAAAACCGAAGUUUCUAUUGAGCAGCAAA